AUGGGCGACAUUCCCAUCCAGCUAGGCCACUACCGUCUCGGCAAGACGCUCGGCAUCGGCUCUUUCGGCAAAGUGAAGCUGGCUGAACAUGAUAUUACGGGCCAUAAAGUGGCGAUCAAAAUACUGAACCGCAAUAAGAUCCGCAGCCUGGACAUGAGCGAAAAAGUGCGGCGCGAGAUCACGCUACUGCGCCAAAUGCGCCAUCCACACAUCAUUCGUCUGUACGAGGUCAUUGACACACCGACGGACAUUUUCAUGGUGCUCGAGUAUAUUGCCGGUGGCGAGCUCUUUGACUACAUUGUGUCAAAAGGGCGGCUGUCCCCGGAAGAGGCCCGACACUUUUUCCAUCAGAUCAUCUCAGGAGUAGAGUAUUGCCACUUUCAUCGGAUUGUACAUCGAGACUUGAAGCCUGAAAACUUGCUGCUAGAUGCGGACAACAAUAUCAAGAUUGCAGACUUUGGAUUGUCGAACAGCAUGGAAGACGGUGACUUUUUACGGACGUCGUGUGGCUCUCCAAACUACGCAGCGCCAGAGGUAAUCUCGGGGAGUUUGUAUGCGGGACCUGAAGUCGAUGUGUGGUCCUGUGGCGUGAUUCUCUACGCGCUGCUGUGCGGCAGCUUACCAUUUGAUGACGAGAGUAUCCCGAAUUUGUUUAAGAAGAUUCGAGGCGGUAUGUACUCGCUACCUAGUCACCUGUCCGAGAUGGCACGCGACCUGAUUCCGCGCAUGCUCGUGGUUGACCCCAUGAAACGCAUAACGAUCCCGGAGAUUAGGCAACAUCCGUGGUUCCAAGUUGAUCUUCCGCCCUAUUUGCAGCAUCCGCCGGAGAUUGUGGAGCACGAGACUUUUAAGAUUGACGAAGAGUGCCUGUCGCAAUGCCUGGCACUGGCCUAUGCAGCAAACGUCGGCCACGAUCAGCUCGUAGCGCUGUUGAUGAGGCGAGAGAAUCAUCCGCUUCGCGUGGCAUACGAGCUCAUUCUUGAUCACAAGAAUGCUAAGAUUCGCAUCGAUGAAUUGCGAGAUGUACGGACGGUAGACAAUAAGCCCAAGACUUUCUCUACUCCCGAGCCGAGCACUUUGCUGCUGCCCGGGCGAGGACCACUUCCUAUGGCAGCGUCGCCAUUGGUGACACCCUCCUCAGCAUUAGCAGACCCACGGAAUUUUGGCGGGCGCGGUGUAAUCCUUCCGGGGCAGGGCCCACGAAUGUCAAUUGCCGGAGGCAACAGUAUACCUGGCUUUGAAGAUGGCCACGGCAGUGCCGCGCCUACACCCAAGCGGCGGCGGUGGUACUUGGGGAUUCAGUCGAAGAAAGAGCCGGCCCAUGUCAUGUCGGAGGUAUACAAGGCGCUUUUCGUGCUUCACUUUGAAUGGAAGGUGGUAGCACCGUACCGCGUGAAGUGCAGAUGGCAAUCUUCAGGAGAGGGCACAAAUGAUGAUGGUGGUGGUGGUGGUGGUGGAAGUCCCGAGGAGGCAAUGCUACAGCAGCAAAUGCAGCGCAUCAAGGUUGGUCUCCAGCUGUACAAGGUGCAGCAGCACAUCUAUCUGCUCGACUUCCAGCGUCUCGAUGGUAAUGCCUUCACGUACAUGAAUUUGUGCGCUCGAAUAAUCACGGAGCUGAAGACGCUCUCAGGCAUUCGGCCGCUUGCAAGUGGCCACGACCCCCGAUUUGGCAGUGAUGGCAGCGGCAACGUCAACUUGACGCACAUACAUCAGCACAGCCCGCAUGCUCAGGGCGCCCAGUGA